UUUUUCACGUCUCUCAUUGACUUCUCAAGCCAUCAACACUGGCUUGUUCCCGGAAGUAUCGCGAUAUUGCGCCUCUGGAUUUAGAAACUCUGUGCUCAAAGCAUCUAUCACUACCAAACCAGGGAAGAAAAAUACGAGAGGAGAGAAAGAGAAGCGAACGCGCAAAUACAUGCAUACAAUGAUAGCAGAAAUUGGUGCCGCCGACAAUCCCAAGGCCAGCUCCAGCUAUCCCCAUCCCCAAGCAGCUGUGAUCUGCCCCGACUCACCGGUUUCAUUCGCCCCGGACUACGGAGUCGGACAGCUGUUCAUACGUAGCGCCUCGUCCAGGAGGGACACACAGACGUCCGCGGGGAGCAUCAACCCAGACGAGAGCUCCAUCAAGCCGCUGGUAUCCGGAGUAUCCUCCGCUAUUACAGACGCCUAUAUCAUGACCUCUGAGGAAUUCAUGCAGACCGCUCCCUUGUUCGGCCAGAGGUCCAAGAGGAACGUUCUCUACAAGAUCCUGUGUUUCCUCAUUCUGAUAUUCCAAGGAGGCAUUCUAGAUUUCUACCUCAUUAUCUUCACGGAUCUGUACUGGUGUUCGUGGAUCGCCACGGAUCUGGUGGUGAUCUCUGGCUGGGGGAUCUUCUUCAUGAAGAACGCCAGGAGCAAGAGAGAGCGGGCGUGUGGGUUCCACCAAAAGAACUCUAUAUUCGGCUGUAAUCUCGGCGAGUUUACCUACGCCUACCUGGCCUGGUUAAUCUACGUGAUCGCCUGCACCCCUAAAAUAGUCCUCAUUCUAGAGACUUCGAUAUUAGAUCUCAUCGCGCUCAAAGUUCCGUUCGGUGUAACCGGAUUUAAGAUUAUCACGUUGCUCUCGGUCCCGUUACUCUACUGUCUCGUCAAUUCUAUCACCGAGGACCAGAACGGAGCGACGCGCCACCGGUCCCAAAGCUGCUUCAUAACCACCUGUCUGGACCUCGCAGACUGUUUUACCCUGGUGGAGUUGUUUCUGAAGAACGAGAUACCGACGGUCUAUUUAAAAUACACGGUCAUCUCGGUCUAUUUCAUCGCCCUGGGCGUCCCAGUGGUGUGGUUAUACGAGUUGACAGCCUCCGAGAUGCGCUGUCGCUGGGUCUGGGCUAGGUUCCUGGUCGGUGUGUUGGUCAACGCUCCACUUCUGGUGGUGCGGUGUUUCCAGGUGUAUGUUCACAAGAUGCCCGUCUCAGUGUUCAUGUUCAAGAAUAUGUUCUUCCUGGCCUGUAAGUGUCUGGAGCUGAUAGAACAGUGUUUCACAGUGCGGGGAGUCAGGAGGUUCGGUGAGGGAAGCAACCCGGCGCAGUUCUCUCACUGUGUCUCAGAGAACGAUAUGUGUCCCCAUGGAUAUGUUAACACGCUAGCGGUUACCACGCAGUCAUAGGCCCGGCUUGGAUCUCACCCUGGCCGUCACUACCUAGACCUAAAACGGCCGGGAUUUUAUUUUAUCCCCCUGGAGGGUGGAAGGCACAUGAGUGAUGCUGAAGGAAGAAUUUUGAGGGACAGGGAUACACCCUUAAACGGCACCCUAUGCCCUAUAUAGUGCACCUACUUUUGGCCAGGGCUAAUAGGGUUAUGAUCAAAGGGAGUGCACUAUAUAGGGAAUAGGGUGCCAAUGAGGAUGCACACCCACAGGUGUCAAUCAACGACAGCCUUAUUGACGAUUUUGUCAUUUAUUCAGAUGUCAGAAGAACAUUUGAUAACAACAGGUGCUACAGAAUCAUUAUGCAUCAACUACACCUGCUUAAGAGCUGGCCACUGGCCAACGAUUGUCGUUUUGAAAUGGGAGUCUUGGAUAUGGUGUCAAUGUCGAUGUAAAGUCAUGUUUUACAUUGGUGAAGUCUUGUCUCUCAAUCUGUGAAACUUCCAAAUAGCAUUUCCUAAUCAAUGAAUAGAUGGAAACCUUGUGGUAAUAUAGAUACCUAAUUAGUGUGUAAUUGCGGUAUUUGUAAUGAUUCUAAUGUUUAAUCAUGUCCUCUCCUUUCCUAAACUAUUUUGGGGGGAAUAUUUCAUGUUAUCAAUAUAAAUCAAUUGAUAUUUCUUAAAGAAUUUGACAUCACCAUAUGUAUUUUACUGUAUGCUUUGAAGUGGCACGACAAUGUGUCAUGAUGAUCUGUCUGUCUGUCUGUCUGUCUGUCUGUCUGUCUGUCUGU